UGAGCUUGUUUCUUCCCCAUGGUAUGUCGGGAGCCAUCCUCUCCCAUGGUGAAGAGGGAUGAAGAGGGUCAAGCCCAGGAGAUGCGGUGGCAGGAAGUGUCCAGUGGCUUCAGUACUCCUUUGGGCCCUUUGGGUGCUGCCACAGGUCUUCGUAACUCCGCUUUCUGGUUCUGGUGACCAGCCCCUGUGCGGCCAUGGCUUUGGGACAUGCCGCAUGUGCAAGUGGAGAUGUCCUGCGACGCCAGAGCCAGAUGACAAGUUCCAGAGUGCAUAUACCACAACUAGAAACAGAACGAGCGAAGGAGGUGAAGUUCUAGGUACACAGGAUGCCUUGGAGAAUCCAGCAGCUCCAGCAGCUCCAGCUCCAGCUCCAGCUCCAGCCACUCGUGCUAUGCCGGUGUCGGUGGACCCCGAGCUGCUGGACAUCCUGCGACAUGCGCCGCGCCGCGCGGACGCACGGGUGAAAUCUGCGGAACUGCUUCGGCGCUUCUGCUUGAGCCACGAAGCCUCUGCUUCCAACGCGUCCAACGCGUCCAACAGAACUGGGGAGGGCAUCCAGGGCAUCCAGGGCAUCUCCUGCAAAGAUGCCUUGGAUUUCACGCGAUCGCUGUGGAAGGGAAGCCUCCAACUUCCAAGGGACCUUGACUUCGACUUAACGAAUCUGGGCGCUGCAUUGAUCAUCAGCCUCGAUGGUGACCAAGAUGGUGUCCUGUCUCUAGAUGAGUUCAUCGAGUACGCUGCGGUCAUGGUGCAGCUGUCAGAUGCACAGGACAGCCCAGGCUACAGGGAUCCAACGCUCAACCUGUUUUUGAACCUCACUUCAGAGCUGCUGACAAAACCAACGCUUCUUGCCAUCCUUCGCUUGCUUGGCCGCAUCUUGCGAGAAAUCUCGGACAGUGUGGACAUGCUGAGUGCAGACAUCAGGUACAGCUGUAAGAUUUUGGCCAAACGGCUCUCGCUGAUGUUGGGCGAUGACCUGGAGAAUGCGGUCCCGUUGCAGAGCUAUGAGUUGGCACUGCUGAGUCGUGCGGCCAGCGAUGCGGUGACCUUGGUACCCUUCACAGCGAUAUGCGCGCUGCCACUCCCACUGGCUGGGCAAGUCUGUUUGUUUUGGCUCAUCAAAACGACAGCUCCCAAGCUCUUGCCUUCAUCUUUUUCCCCGCUACGGCUGCAGCUGGCGCAAGCGCGUCGUGACGUGAGAAAGCAUCCAGAUUUCAAGGACUGGACACUUUACGGGCAGGCAUCCGAGGAGCUCGAUGCAGCGGUGUUGGCAAUCUUUCAAGAGACCAAUUCAUCAGCUGCCAGUGGAUCCAUUCGUAACCUCUUCGAGGAGCUGGAUGAAAACCGCAAUGGCAGCGUCAGUCAUAGUACUGUCUUGAGCAUCGUGCAAGCCUUUUGGGGUGGACAACUGAAUCUGCCCAAGAACAGCAUGGAGGAUUUCCGCAUGGACGCGUCAGCGUUGAUGGUGGUUGUGGACCGGCGACGGACAGGUGCCUUGACAUUGGGUGAGUUCACCGAGUUCUUACAGACCCUCGUGGAAGUGGCGAGGACUUACGACUCUCCCAGCCGUCCCAGAGGUCUCUUCUCGGAUGACAUGACGCAGUCCUUUAAUCUCAAUGACAUGUCGGACAGUUUGUUCACCUUCCUGAGGGAUUUGCGCUACGGCAUCUAUGUGCUCAAAAAAAGUGUCAAAGGAAAGUUGACUUUGUUGGAGCAAGCAAUGCUGAAGAGGACAGCAAGAGAUGUCCUGUCCAUCCUGCCCUACGUCGUUUUAGCUCGGAGUGCUCUGACGCCUGCGCUGAAGAUCUUUUUGUUUAUGCUUCUCUGGAAGAGUGUGCCAGUAUUGAGCCCAUCUGCUUCGACUGAGCCCAGGCAACGCUUUGCUCGUGCAUGGGCAUCAAUUGCAGUGAAGCAGCGGCAUCGUGCACUUGCUGGCUGGCAACUACUGGAGCAGGGUGAGAGCUCAGGCACGCUUAUUGACGACAUCAAGAAAGCAAAGGAUAGCACGUUGCAAAGACAACGGGUGAAGGAACUGUUCGCUGAACAUGAUGAAGGAAGUGGCACACUAACUUAUGGACAUGCUUUUGCCAUCCUUCAGCCCUUCAUGACGCGACAGGGAAAUUAUCUCAAUGAAUUGGGCUUGAUCAUUCAGAUAGCUUCGGACAAUGACGGGGCUGUCACAGAAGCUGAAUUCCUGGAAUUUGUUGAAUCCCUGCUGAUUGCAGGGAAAGCCGCCGCCCCAAAUAAAAAGGCUGAACCAAAGCAAAACAUUACAGACGAAAAGGCAGGUGUCACUCGAGUCUCAUGGAAUUCUGCACUGCUGAAGAGGCUGAAGAACUUUCGAGUGACCGUUGUGAAACGAGUUAAGAGGGAGGUGCGAGAACUGGUGGACAGCGUGUCUAUGAUCAGCCAGGAUUUCUCGUAUUCCGCAGCCCUCCUGAGAAGUCCACAAUCUCCACAGUCAGCGGAACGCAGAUUCUCAAAGAUUGAGAGCGCAUGGCUGUGGAGGACCGUAAAAGAUGUGGUCCUCUUCUUACCAAUUGCAGCUAUCAUCAUCGCACCUCUCACGCCAGUCGGCACCGCCAUUGUGAUUGCCAUCUUCAAACGCGCCGUUCCGUCGCUGGUUCCAUCUUCCUUCCGCAGACCACGACUGGAGUUGAUGAGUGCGAGACGUACCGCUACGACCCCUACGACCGCUACGACCGCUACGGUCUCUGGCGAAAGCGCUGCAGCCGCUGCAGCUGACCAUGGUCAGAAAAUGUCAGAAAACACCAAUGAUACCAAUGUGUCUUCAGCUGUCGGGCGUCGCAGCACUGUAACAGUGGUCUUAGUCGGGCCUUCCCCAAGGUAUGACCGGAUUGACUGGGCAAUUUCAUGGAUUUCAAUGGAUUUCAUGCAAUUCGGAUCCUGA